AUGUCUAGAGAUGAUUUCAAAUUUGAGGAAGAGUUCAGUCACUUGAAUAUUGAUUGCCCAAUAUGUCUGAACAUUAUUAUUAGUGAGCCCCGAAAGACCAGUUGUUGUGGAAGACAUUUCUGCAAAGCCUGCAUUUCUAAAGUUACAGGAAGUUGCCCUCUUUGUAGAGGAGAAUGCCAGACCUACACAGACAAAAAAUUCAAACGUAUAGUUUAUUCUAAAACGGUUCAGUGCAUGAAAAAGAGGAAAGGAGUGACUGGAUGUGGCUGGAAAGGAGAGUUAAGGUUUUUAAAAGACCAUUUCUCUACAUCUUGUCCUUACGUUAUAGUCCAAUGCCUCCAAGAAUGUGAUCAAAAGGAUAUUUUACGCAUUGACCUGGACGACCAUUUAGAAAACCAUUGUCCGAUGCAACCAGUUGAGUGUCCUUUUAGUUGGUUAGGUUGUGAUGAAUGGCCUUUAAGGAAAGAUGUAGAGAAGCAUUAUUCUGAUACUAAACAUGCUGAACAUUUUGAGGUAGCAUAUCGAAGGCUUCUUAUGGCUAAUAAGCAGUUCAAUUUCUUCCUUGAUAAUUUGGAGAAGAAUAAUGCAUAUUUUAAUAUGAGGUGCUAUUGGUUGGGAAAUGAACUUGAUGUGUUGAAAAAGAAACAUGACGAGCUAAAGAAUAGUCAUGACAAAUUACUGAAACACUUCAAGAUAAUUAGUAUUAUAGUAGUUAUUUUAAUACUUGUUGUUUUACUGGUCUAA